AUGAAAGGUACCGGAGAUUGUGCACCGGAAAUUCGGAAGUCUCUUAUCACAUUAAGCUCACCCAUACCCCAUUAUCUACUUCCACGUUUGGAUAUCUUCGCAGGAUCAGGAGCUGUAUUGUUCGCCAUCUUGGUUCUGGUGAGCGUGCUAGCUCAGCAGGCCACGGCCGAACCAACGUGCCGUCCGACCGGUAACUAUCUGACGUCCAACCCGAGAGAUUGCCGCUCGUACUACUACUGCUUCGAGGGCCAACCGUACUACGGUAUCUGUGGACCGGGUCAUCGGUUCGACGAGCGUCGUCAAACCUGCCUGCAGUCGACGGUGAGCGAGUGCUUCUCGUGUCCAUCGUCCGGAAUCUACAACCUGUCGCAUCCAACCACCUGCCAGAAGUACGUUCUCUGCUUCCAGGGUGUGGCGAACGAGCGCGAAUGCCCGCCAGGAUUGCUGUUCAACCAACAACUGCGCCAGUGUGAUCUGAGCGGUAAUGUGGUCUGCUGA